AUUGUUACUUGAUUCUUAGCUUCCUCCUUUUCUUCUUAAAUUUGCUUUUUUACCUUUUAGUUCACGAUAAACUUGUGCGCUACAAGUUUUCAUUUUGUACCACGACCCAUCUACGAAAUUUUUUCACAGCAGUCCAAUGGAUCAGCACCAGCACCAGCACCAGCACCAACAGCACAUAACCGAUGAUCACAACCAAAAUCUCGGACAUGCAAGUCCUUAUGGAUUCUAUCCAGCCGAGCAAGAAUCAUCUUACAGCCUCGCGUACAACCACCACGCGAUGCAGCACCAGCAGUCUUUUCCUGUCGUGCAGCAUCCUAACCCUCAUCAUCCUCGCCAUCUAUCUGCGCCAGACUUGCAUCAAGGCCUGCAGUUCCAUAAUCUUAGCCUCAUGCCCACGCAUCAAACGCAUCAAUAUCCGCCACCCGUGUAUACCUCAUCGCCACAACAUGUGUCAAUGAAUCUGCCUGCUGGCUCACCCCCUCCGCCCUCACCUCACAUGUACGAUCCUUUGUCCCCACCCAUUUCAGGAUCUGACACAUCAGCGGACGGCCUUUACCACCACCAUUCGAGAAACAGCAGCGGGACAGGCUCCCCAUCGUCAUCCCGUGGACCUAGUUUAGUUCAUCGCCAAUCUCUUCGCUACAACCCCACCCCUUCCCCAACCACCAGUUCUUCUGGGCGUCGUGGCCGUGCUCGUUCCUUAAACGACUCAGACGACGAAGACAACAUGGGCGCUACAUACGUGGAGAACUUGGCUCACACCAGAAAGGAGGCAACACGCAGACAGCGCAUUGAGGCUGAGCAAAGGCGUAGAGACGAAUUACGCGAUGGCUAUGCCAAAUUGAAGGACGUCUUACCAGUUUCUAACCAGAAGAGUAGCAAGGUGUCGUUACUCGAGCGAGCUACCAAUCACAUCAUCUUUCUGGACAAACAGACACAGGAGAUGCAGGCUCGUCUCAUGGUGCUAGAGCAGGAGGUACAACGCCUUCGUGCCGUCAAUGAGAAAAUCUCGCUUGGCACUAGCAGCUCCCCUUCGCCGGGAAACAUUCAUGGCGUUGAUGCCCGACCAUUGUCGCCUCCCCCUGAGCCUGGGAUGCAAAGUCAUUCUCUCGCUCAUGUUCAAGGCCAAGAACCCCCGCGAGAGGAUUCACGCAGUCCUGCCUCGGAUUACUGAGGUGCUGUGGCUCGCGCCA